AUGGGUCAAUCUCAAUCUACAGGCUCCAAGGCCUCGGAGCCACAGGGCCAACUGGGCCAAAAGACAGAUUAUUAUGAACUGUUAGGAGUGACUCCAACGGCAACGGAUGACGAAAUAAAGAAAGCUUACCGCAGAAAGGCGCUUGAACUGCACCCUGAUCGAAAUUAUGGAAAUGUCGACGAGGCCACCAGGCUGUUUGCCGAAAUUCAAUCCGCGUAUGAGGUCCUCGCCGAUCCACAAGAGCGUGCCUGGUAUGACUCUCACAGCGACGCAUUCCUAGGGACUGAGGGAGGCUCUGAUGGAGGCCCACAGUCAUUUACGACAGCGGAUGAGGUUCUCAAGGUUUUUUCGAAGUUCAGCCCGCGAAUGGAUUUCUCCGACCUACCAACUGGGUUUUUUGGCGGCCUUCGAGAACAGUUUACCCAGUUGGCCCUAGAGGAGCGACUAGCCUGCCAGUCGGACGGUCAAUAUAUGGUGGAAUAUCCAUCGUUUGGUGGUCGUGAUGAUAACUUUGAGACUGUCGUGCGGCCAUUCUACGCUUCUUGGGCUGGAUUCUCGACCCGUAAAUCAUUUGCUUGGAAGGAUAAAUAUCGUUACUCUGAGGCCCCAGAUCGUCGAGUGCGACGACUCAUGGAAAAGGAGAACCGACACCUUCGAGAGGAAGGCAUUCGCGAGUUCAAUGAUGCGGUUCGGUCCUUGGUGGCCUUUGUCAAGAAACGGGACCCGCGGUAUAAAGCGAAUGCCCAGAGUGAAGCUCAACGUCAAGAGACUCUUCGUCAGUCGGCAGCCGCUCAAGCGGCCCGAUCUCGAGCAAUAAAUCAGGCUAAGAUGCGCGAUCACGUUGUUCCAGAGUGGGCUCGAUCUGAAGAGCCCCGGAUCGAAGAAGAAGAGAGCUCCGAGAGCGAGAUCGAGAACUUUGAAUGUGUGGCAUGUAACAAGAGGUUCAAGAGUCAGAAGCAAUUCGAGGCUCAUGAACGAAGUAAGAAACAUGUGAAGGCUGUCAAGCAGUUAUGUUGGGAAAUGCGAGCGCAAGAUGAAGAUCUGGGUUUGGAAUCAAUCAUCCACACCAGCGCUUCCCAAGCUCCAAUCAGAAGUGAAGGCGAUGGUUUCGUUCCUGCAAUGUCUUCUGACGAGCAGUCGGAAAGCUCUGUCAUUAUCGAGGCCGAAAGCGACCAGCUUAUGGAACCCGGGACGACGCACUCAUCUGAUUCAGAGACCGAUUCUCAUCACCCGUCAUCUUCUCAUCCAUACCAUGAGGAGGUUUCUUCAAAGUCUAUCGAGGAUGACGACUACGCCCCAAGAGAGUCCAUUCAAACUAGACUUCAUUCGGACGUCGACCCGCUGCAAGAUAGUUUCGUGACUUCAUUGACUGAGCAGCUAUCCUCCUCUGGGAUCGAUGACCGGCCAGCUGCUGCCCCUCAAAUGGGCAAGGCCAAGCAAAAGCGGGCUAAAAAGGCUGCUAGGGGUGAUGAACAGACUACGGAGAUUCUAUGCGCAAAAUGCAGUGCUAUCUUCCCUUCGAGAUCGAAGUUAUUCACUCACAUUAAAGAGAACCCGACUCAUGCACAACUGAAAACCUCUAAGAGUAAAAAACGGUGA